GUGGAAAUGACCGAACGAUUUGAUACAACUCUAAAUUGUAAUCAACAAAUGUUAUUUAGUUAAAAUAAGAAGAAAUAUUAACUAUGGCAGACAGACUAACGCAACUACAGGAUACUGUGAAUCAACAAGCCGAACACUUUUGCAAUGCUAUUGGAGUAAUUCAGCAGACCUCGUACCCAAGCAAGUUUGCGAAUUUUGACAGAACUGGCUCCCAGACGCCUAUACAAAACCCGCCGCAGGAGGACUAUGCACAGUUAUUUGCGCAGCUGAUUGCACGUUGCGCUAAGGACAUUGACACAUUAAUUGAGUCAUUGCCCAAUGAAGACAGCUCCAUUGAAUUACAAAACUCUAGUCUUAAAAGGCUCGAAAUCGAGAACCAAGAAACUGCCGAGCAACUGGAACAAGUCGUUCAAAAAGGAGAGCUCUUACUGGAGAAAAUCCAGAAUGCGUUGGGAGACAUUGCUCAAGCUCAGUUAGAUAUGCAAAUAACAUUAAAACCUACUUUGCAGUAAUCUGUUAGUAUGUAGUAAUUUGUAAGCUACUAAUUUUGCGAAUAAAUCUUGUACUAGAUUCGGCUAAAAUUUUACAUCAGUGACCAACGUAUUUCUUAUUAAAUGAUCGCGUUGAUGCGAUGUUAACGACCUCAAACCUCUCGAGGUAAAG